AAUCUAUAAAUGCUGUUCUAAAAAAACAUCUUGAUCGAGGUACAUUAUUGAAGGAAUUAGUAAAAACAAUUAAACAAGAGUUGGAAAAAGAAGUCUAUUAUAUUUGCAUCAGUGACUAUUAUGGAUCUAAUCCAUCAUCUGGCCUUCUAUCAACUUAUAGCACUAUUUUCAAAGAUAUUGAUUCAGUGUUAGUAGACCACUUGGCACCUACUUUACUAUCACUUCAGUAA